AUGUCAAGCUCAAGAGAUGCUCCGCAAGUGAGCCGCCGGAUAAGCGAGGUGCUCCCUGACGAUCGACAGGACGGCUCUAGCAGCGAGGAUGACUACAACAGGAAGAUCGAAGUUGUCUUUGACAAUGAUGUCGCGCGCCGACGAAAAUCCUCGACCGUGCUCGCGGAAACCCCUGCGGUCGAGAGGCCACAGCGGAUCCAGGCCGAGCGCACCAAGUCUCAGUGCUUGGUCCACAAGCUGGUCGAGAAAAGCUCGUUAGGACAGCAACCCCAGGUCGAAUCCAAGCUCGAACAGAUCGACGAGAUCGAGCCUCCGUCGAAGCUGGAUGUCAACGGUCCGAGCUCGGGCAAAGACGACAUCCGCGCGACCGAGUCCCGCCUGCUCACUAAGAAACAAUUGAGUGAUAUGGCCAUGAGCGUGAGGACGAUGGCGAAGAGACUGGGCAACCUAAAGGUCAGACUGAGGGUUCGGGCCAUCUUCCUGCUCACAAAGAUAUAUGACAAGACCUUGAUUUCCAAGACGAAAGAGGUGACGAGGUGGUUGCUGUCCAAAGAUAGGUCUGUACCUUAUAUUGUCUAUGUCGAGGACAGCUUGAAAGACAACCCGGCGUUCGACGCAGAGGGUAUUUGUGCCGAGGACCCUUCGUUUCGAGAGCGUCUGAGGUAUUGGGAUGCCGAGCUGGCUCGGAGGCACCCUCAUACAUUCGACUUUGUGAUAACACUUGGCGGUGACGGGACCGUCCUCUAUGCGAGCUGGCUGUUCCAGCGAGUGGUCCCGCCAGUGCUGUCCUUUGCCCUCGGUUCAUUGGGAUUCCUCACCAAAUUCGACUUUGGAGACUACCAGAACACUCUAUCGCAGGCCCUAAAGGACGGCGUAACGAUCAGCCUGAGGCUGCGAUUCGAAGGCACUGUUAUGCGGACCAACAGGCGUGUCGACGAUGCAGAAUGCCGAGACAUCGUCGAGGAACUGAUCGGGGAGGAAGCCGAAGAUCGGAACACGCAUAGACCGGACCGGACAUUUGAGAUUCUGAACGACAUUGUGGUUGAUAGAGGUCCGAAUCCGACUAUGUCAACCAUUGAACUUUUCGGGGAUGAAGAACACCUUACGACUGUGCAAGCAGAUGGUAUCUGUGUGGCCACUCCCACGGGAUCCACUGCUUACAAUCUUGCCGCUGGUGGUUCACUGUGUCAUCCAGAGAAUCCUGUUAUUCUCGUCACGGCCAUUUGUGCCCAUACUCUAUCAUUCCGACCGAUCAUUCUUCCUGACACCAUUGUUCUUCGAUUGGGAGUUCCAUUUGACGCGAGAUCGAACUCGUGGGCAAGUUUCGACGGGCGUGAAAGAAUUGAACUAUUUCCAGGCGACUAUGUGACCAUUUCGGCAUCACGGUAUCCAUUUGCCAACGUCAUGCCACCGGGACGUCGAAGUGAAGAUUGGGUCAACAGCAUUUCAAGGACAUUGCAGUGGAACUCUAGACAACGACAAAAGGCAUUUCACGAAUGGGAUGGCGAAAAGACAGUCAAGGAAGCACCCAGCAAGGGAUGA